UAAAAACCUUUUAAAAUCCUUUUGAAAACUUUUUAAAAAAUUUCGAGAUUUUUAAUAUUUAUCUUGUACAAUUAAAUAAAUAAGUUCUAAUCAUGCAGAUCUCAUGUGGACAUCAUGCGCUUCGGGCAUGAUCUUUCGGAAUUAUGAGAAAAAUGUUUUGCAUUUAAAAAUAACAUAACAACGAACCGUUGUAUCCUUUCUGAAUUUUGAACAUCACGAGAAAUUUUUUGCAUUCCAGGAUAAACUGCCAAUAAACUAAUGCAAUUUGAGAAACGUAUGAAUCUUUUUCGCGUGUGCCUUUCCACAUUUCCCUCAGCAGUCGUUCUUCUUUUACCUUUAACUGCUCUUAUCUUUUGUGCUCUCGCCAAUAUUCUCGCUGCGUGUUCAUAAUAUAUGAGCUACGUCACGAUAAUACAAUAUAUCGCAUUUCAUGCCGAGCUCGUAUAUCAAUCGAGUUUCCCCUUCAUACAGCGACUUGUGUUUCGCAACAGAAUCUCAUUCAACCGUCGUCGUCGUCGUGAUCGUCGUCAAUCGAUUUCGCCGCAAAUGUCCUACCGGACUUUGAGAUUGAAUCGUUAAAUUGGUGGAGUAACAUCGUAAUACUUGCCUGCGAUCGCCACGUUUUCAGCAUUUAUAAUUAAUUUACGGUGUACGUUCGUUUACACUUGAGCUGCUAUUUCCUACGCUUGUGAGCUCACCGAGGAUCGCCUAAGAGAGAGAGAGAUUCCUUGCUAGCGCACAUAAUAUAUAUAAACUCGCAUGGUAGCCGUAUUUACAUGUUUGAGACCGCGUUCUCAUUUUCGCGACAGGUGUGUUCCAUAAUUGGUGUAAGAAUUACUUUCCAACAAAAAGUAAUAGGAUAAAAACAAUAAAACUAUCAAGUAUCGGCAUCCCAUAGAAUGAUGAAAGACUCAAACGGCAUGAAAAACACCAUAGACGGUAUACACGUAGAUCCGAACGAGACCACCACGUUAAGACCGAAGUUGGAAACCUUCGACGAUAUCUUGCCGUAUGUCGGUGACUUCGGCAGAUAUCAGUGGCUGCUUUUAGUGGCUUUGCUUCCCUACAGCGUGGCAUAUGCUACCCUAUACUUCUCGCAGUUCUUCCUCACUUUGCUACCUCGCGAACACUGGUGCAAGAUAGAGGAACUAGUCUCCUCAAACUUUACGCAGGAAGAAAGAGUGAAAAUCGGCAUACCAAAGUCUCAGGAUUAUCCGUAUUACGAUCGAUGUCAUCGACGGGACCUGGACUUUUUCUCCAUUCUAAAUCACAAGGAUAUUCGCUCGAUCGAAUGGAAAACGAACAAAACUGUGAACUGCAAUCAAUGGGAAUACAAUUUCACGCAGAUUCCGUACGCCAGCAUAGCGGCUGAGCUAGAUUGGGUAUGUGACCAGGAAUAUCUCAUCUCGAUGGCACAGUCGAUCUUCUUCUGCGGCUCCAUCAUCGGCGGUUUCUUCUUCGGAUGGAUCGCCGAUCACAAAGGGCGGAUACCCGCCCUGAUGCUAUGCAACGGCGUUGCCCUCUUGGCGUCGAUCGCGACCGCGAGCGCGAACACCUUCUGGUCCUUCGCCGUCUGCAGAUUUCUCACUGGUUUGGCUUUCGAUAAUUGCAUCAACAUCCCGCUGAUUAUCGUGGUCGAGUACAUGGCCGUGAACAGACGAACUCUGGUCGUCAACGUCGCCUUCGGUUUAUAUUUCGGUAUCGGAAGCACAGUUCUGCCAUGGAUCGCAUAUUACGUUGCAAACUGGAGAUUCUUCGCUUAUGUCAGCGCGUUGCCCAUGAUGAGCGUCUUUAUCACACCUUGGAUUCUUCCUGAAAGUGCUCGAUGGUUCGUCGCCAACGGCAGAAUAGACAAAGUAGUGCAGAAGUUGAAGCGGAUAGCAAAGGUCAACAAGAAGAGUCCCGAUACGCGCAUCUAUGAAAUUUUCAUCAGGAACUUGUCAGCAUCCGACAUGCAAACGGAAAGCGCAACUUUAUUCGAUCUGGUAAAGUCACCGCGUUUAGCGAAAAACUCUAUCUUGCUAAUUUUCUUCUGGUAAGUAAAAAUAAUGAAUUUUUAUUUCCCGUUGUUCUUUCCGCUUUCGGAACGUUUCAUCCUCUUUCUUCUUAUAUAAGAUGUCACGGAAUAAUUCUU